GUUAGUUCUCCUUUGGCCGAGAUGGCGGCCGGUUCGUUUUACGUUUACCUGUUGUGGGUUACCUUACAGGUGACACACCAGUACUACUUUGAGCCUGGUUAUACCCAUCACUAUACGUACUCAUCUACUACGGACACAUUAGGGAUGCACAAUGUGACCACAGUCAUUAGGUUCCAAAUUCGAGACGUCAACCGCACUGAAGAUACAUCUUUGUAUGAACUAAAGGUGGAUUCACUUACCCAACAUUCCCAGAAAGGCCACUAUGCUGUCAAUCCAUUGAAAUGGAACCUCAGUAGACACUUUCUGUUUGAGCUGGGGGAGACAGGGCUGGUCCACUUCGUACACUACCACCCUGAGGACAAGGAGGAAGUGGUCACAAUCAAGAAAGCAAUGGUUGGUACCAUGUCCGCCCAUUUCCAGGCCUCAGAUAGCGAUAAGUGGACUUAUACAUCGAGCGAAAUAGACCAUGGAGGGCAUCUGCUUCAUCAAUACGAAGGACAGAAAACAACCGACGGGUUCAGAGUGACCAGAUUACAUCAUAGUUCCGAAAACGUCAUCAGAACUCAUAAAAAGGUGGUUCAUUACAACAGCGAGGGACUGAUACAUCAAGUACAUCUCGUUGACAAUAUUACAACUUACAAUGCCGAGGAAACCAAAGUUAGAAACGGGUAUCACGAUAACGGAGCGAUAAAGAUAUAUUCUUCCGGAGAUUUUCCUACCAUACAAACUAUUGGGGAGACCCGUGUUGUUUUUCAGCAGAAAAGGAAACAAGCAAAAUCAGAAAGUGGAGAAAUUGUGAAAUUGGUGAAAGACAUUUUGACCGUUGUCAUGAAACCAGAAGAGCGUUUGGCGUUAAAAGAUUUGCAGAAAAACAUAGAAUCUUUGAUAAAAUGCGUUCACAGAUACGACGACAAAACUGCCGUUGAACGGACAAAAUGUGUCAAUAUGUUGCAAGGGAAUGUCACCCGCCUCUUGGACUCAGAUCUGAAACUUUUGGCUGACCAGUUUCUCAAAAAUCUUUGCGUUGAUAACUCUGUACAUUGCACCAAUGGGCGACAUCUGAUAAUUGACGUCAUCGCCAGGGUCGGAAGUGAUGUUUCCCAGCAAAUUAUCAUCAAGCAUGUUCUAAAUAACAGCGAUGCCACGGAAGAAGAGCUUAGACAUGCAUUGAUUCAUUCCAUGAACUACGAAAUUCCAACACCUGAGCUCAUAGCAGCCGUUGAUUUUUUGUGUUUUUCGGAGAAUCUCAAACAAGAACCCAGUUUGGUUAGUGCAACACAGAGGCGAGCUUGUCUAACUUUUGGCGCCAUUUUAAAAAACCUUCGUCAAAAUGGCAACACUACACUGGCUCUACAACUUGUUCACAAAUUGGAAGAAACUUUAGGACAUCAUAAUGAAUCGGAAUUUCAAAAACUGUAUAAACCACGUAAUCGUCGAUCAGCAGAAGAUCCACACACGAACGAAAACAACCACUUACGGAAGAAAAGAAUGCUUGUCCAUGCCCUUGGUAACUCUGGUCACCCAAAAUCGUUUCAACACAUUGUUUCCUACAUGGAAGCUACCAAAGCUACGCCGUCAUUGAGAAGAGCGGCUACUUAUGCCCUGAGACAUUUUACAUGCAACAAGAGCGCAGAUGCUCUCCUAGAAGCGGCAGUGAAUGACCCAGAAAACAUAGUAAAACAGGCCGCUUAUGAAGUUUACUCGUCUCAUCCUGCAGGGCAGACGUUUUCAAAGGAACAAGAAAACAUAAUUUUAUCGACACGUUAUUCCUACCCUGUUGUUGCCCGAGUGAGAAGAGGUACCUUUGCAGACAUUUUAAAAGCACUCAGUUUUGAACUGGUUCUGCCAAAGGUCGACUGGUAAAAGGUGAUUGGUAGUAGCAAAAUAGGAGCUUCAUUUGGAAUCUUCAUGGAAAACUAUAUCAAACUAAAAUUAGCCCCAUUCAAUGGCGUGUUCGAUUUAAAAGUAUAUGACGAAGCCUGGGCAGUUGGGAAUUUAGGGUUGAUUCAGAGAUCUAUUGACAUCUUUAGAGUCAAAGUCUGCUACCAACUCAACUUCCACUACGAUUUGAACAUUUUGAAGGAUUUUAGUAUCGACAGCAUUCAGCAUCUGGCAACGGCAUUUGACAGACUUUAUCAAAAAAUUGUUGAUCCAAUCAAAGAUGCAGUUGAUUUGAUCAGUGAACUCAUUGAUAUGGGUAGAAACCAUACCCUGGAAAGGAUGAUCAUAGAACUGGUGACCUUUUUCGGACAGUUACCGUCCUUGAUUAAAGAAAUGGCAAAAAAUAUGUACCAGUCACUUCUAAAAAUAAACAGUUUUGAUGGAUAUCCUUUAGCUGACAGAGUCAAAAAACUGAUCAACCGAAUUAAAGUUUUUAUUGAUGAUGUAAAAAGCGACAUAUUCGGGUUCUAUCACAGCGUGGCUGAUGCAAUCACAGUAUCCUUGCCAUUCGUUGGAAAAGAAAUAAAGGACGGAUUUGAGCUAAUAGGAGAUUCAUGGAAAUUUUGGGAAAACCCAAUAGCUUCUUUUCAUGGCAUGGAGAAUGCGAUGCUCAAGUUCAAGUUAGCUGUUGUCACCUUCGUUGAGGCAAAACAAAGAGUAAUGGAUUCUUUGAACGUAUUUAAAGGUGGUCUGCCAUAUUGGUUUCAUCCUGUUGAGGAGGUUAAAGGUAUGGUAAAUGACGUGAUGGACAUAAUGGGAAUGAUAAAAGAUGAAAUAAUUCACUACGGGAAAAACUCCUAUAAGCCUUCUGGUGCAGAUAUUACAGAUGGCCUGACGAUGUCUGAGAACAAAAAUACAAUACAUAAGCUAGUGGAAGAAGCUAUAAUGCCAGAGGUCAACCGUACGUUGGAAAAUGUGAUGGAAAUUGCCAAACCUUUUUGGGAAAAAGCAAAUGAAAUAAUUCAUCUUUUCAAACGAAUCAAGAGUUCUUACGACUUUAUUAGAGAGGCAAUAAACAAGGGAAAGUUUUUCAUUCAAAAAAUUUUUGGUGCAAAAUUUCAUCGAAAAUUCCCUAAAAUUUCUGCACCAUGUGAAAGUUCAACAUGCGGAUGUGGUACAUACGAGAAAAAAGAUGAUGGAAGAAUUGGAUUAGAUUUACAAAUAGACUCAAAGAGUAAAUUAGAUGUGUUUAACCCAAUGACAGGCUUGGUGUCUUGGUAUAAUGAUCACGAGGUUCUCAUCAUACCCCAUAGACUGGAUGUCAACAUGUAUGAAAUAAUAGUUUCAAACCUUCAAGAAGUUCACCAAAAGAUUCCUCGUAAUAAAAAGAAAAAGUUUUUUCUUGGUGGUCACAAAAUUGGUAGAGUUGUAGAUAAAGUCUUAUCCAAUGAAUGCGAAUUGAAUUACGUGACUGUUUAUAUGAGAAAGAGGGUGGAAAACUCUACUGGGCUAAACGAAGACCAAUACGAUUACAUCGAUCCAUCAAAAUACAUUAGGAAAAAGAAACCGAAAUCAUUAUGGAAACCAAUUUGUAAGGAGGCCUUCUAUCACUACAUUGGGCACGUGGCAGACGAUCUCGAUCUAGCAGACGAACCAGAGGACGACGAAACAGCUACAAACAGAGAAGUAGAUAGCAAAAAAGUAAAAGGGCCAAAGUUUUUACAUCGUCAUCAUGUAGGAAAGCGAUCUGUAGCGUUACACGGGGAUCAUUCUCUGAUCACGCGAUCAGUAAACUGCGACGAAUCGAAUGAAAAAUCCUUUAAAUGCAAAUUAAACACGUUUACUCAGAAACUAGGCGAGAUGAAAGAAAAUUUACUUCAAAAAACGAAAGGAGCAAUCAUGCCAGGAUUUAACGUAUUUGACAUUCCAAUAUCAGAAAUACAGGCACUCCCUAUAAACAGUACGAUCAUGAUGAAACUUCAGAGUAGCAUUCACUCACUUAGUGUUGCGAUGAAGAACGCACCUAUCGAAUACCCGGAUAGUCUACCAAUUCACAGAAUACGACAUAAACUACGUGAAAGUGGAGCAGAUUAUCAUGACGUGGUCAAUGCAGAUAGGUUGUCUUUGAUAGACAAACUGUUAACCAAACCUUUAGAAGAGUGCCCAUAUUUUCUUGAUGGUGUGGCUUUGGAGUAUGGACAUUUGUGUGAUUCACACAAAGAUUGCCUUGGAUUGACUUGUGGAGCAGUAUUUAAAGAAGGAUAUCAGAGACAUCUGAUCAAAUUAACUGUUCGAUGGAACCCUUGUACAGAAAAAUUUGAAUUGUCUAUAGACGGAAUGAAGAAGCUUACCUAUGUCAAAAUCAAUGAAACAAAAGAGUAUCCAUACGAAGUAUCGGAGGAAGCGAGAAAAGAAAUAUUGUUUUUGAUGUCUGCAACUAAUACAACCGAUGACACGACGUCGUACAGUUUUAAUUUGUCCGGGGCCGUUUGCAAUUCUGAUUAUUUCUCUUGUUUUGCUGACGUCAAUAUUUUCACAAAUCUUAAAGUGUUGUCGAGAAGUAAAGAACAUUGUACUAGUCAAGAUUUAGUUGAUCCAUACAUUGAACGAAUCCGAGCUCUUAAUUUACAAGAAUUCAUAGAAGAAUCUUCUGAAUUUGGACUAGAUAUUAAAACACAGUUGGUUCUAGUUAACCAGCUUCGUGAGGAAAUAAUCGCAGCGAUUAUGGCGAAACAAGAAGGAACUUUAGAUGCAAUUGGUGACGCAUUUCCAGCAAUGAUGGAUCUUCGGAUGAGCAAGUUUAUACCCCUUGGACAUAUAGACAUAACAAUAUUUCAGAUCAGUUUUCUGUUUAUGGUUGGACCGAUACCAUUACGCCUAUCAUUCGGUGCUGGAGCAAACAUUGGAGCGGAUCUUGAAAUAUCUUUGGCUUUGAUGAGUCUACAAGCAAACGGUACUGUUAUACCAAGGAUUGGAGCACAGGUUUGGGGACAGUUGGAUCUCGACAUUGGUAUUGCAUACGGUGGAAUUCGACUUGAAGGACAUUUGGUUCAAACAUCUUUCCCAAUCACUAUUUCAUUAACCUUUUCAAAGUUCCCAAUAGCCACUGUUUUCAAAAUGGAUCUAGAAUUGGUGCCCCUUGAGCUUAGACUAAAAGCACAUGCAAAGCUUAGGCUUCUCUUCGUUUCCGUGACAGUAUUUGAUGCAUGUAUAUGGCGGUAUAAAAUGGAUACAAUUAGAAAAAACCUAAUUACAACAGAGCAUAAAAAACAAGAUGACUCCCCUCCCAAAAUAUCCCAUGUGUCUCAAAAUGUUCGAAGAAAGCGAAGUGGAAAUGGUGGUUGUGAAGUAACGCAAUUAAAGAACAGAGAUUCGACCGAUCCAGCUUUUCUUUUGGAAGUAAGUGCAGACGAUGAAGUUAGCGAUGUUACUCUAACAUAUGCAAUUGGAACACAUAGAGGUGGAUCAAAUGUGGUUGAUUGGACGGGAAUGAAAGGGUCUUCUUUGACAGCACCGGUGAGUUUGCCGAAUGGAAUACCUUUAUAUUGGACAGUAAAGGCCAGAAAUAGCAAUGGAGGUACCGCAACAGUGGAAUGUUCCUUACAUACUUAUGAUAACACUAUUCCCGAUGGACGAAUUGAAGCUUCUUAUGCGUUUACCAGUCAUCCAAAUAUAAUUUCGGGAACAGUCAUUGUAUUUGAUGACUCCAACCUUAUUGAGACAAAUGCCCAUGGCGUUGGAUUUUCUCAGGGCGAGUUUGGAAAUGAGGUUGUAAACUGGGAUAUCCUUCAACUGCAAUCUACACAUAAAAGAGAAGGAUCAAACGACCAAUAUCUUAAAUAUUUUACUAUACCAAGGGAAGGAAAGCUAACAUCUCUUUUUAUGAAAAGACUUACAGUAAACUCCGCCGAUCAAUGCGCUGAGCGCUGCAUUAACUAUGGAGACAAAUGUAUUUCAUUUGAUUAUGAAUUUCACACUGAAACUUGUGACCUUCAAUCUGUCAUAGAAGGGCCAAAUGCCGAAUUAAGAAUAAGCGGAACUUACAAAAAUUACGAACGUUUAGGUGUUGGAUACAGUGCAUUCGUUUCAUACAAUGUUUCACUUAAUCAUGGUAUGAGGUACUUUGUCAACGCCGAAAUAACAAAUAAACUUGGUUACAAAGCAUUCAUAACCUCUAAAGGAACAAUUGUCGACUUUACACCACCUGAGCCAACGAAUGUUGGAAACGCUACAGAGGACUAUAUUGUCGCAGAUGGUUGUAAUGCAGCGAUAACACAACGAUGUGUUGACGUUUCAGAAAGACCUAAUCAUAGACGUAUAAUUGACGGACCAAAUUCAAGUACAGUAUUCAAUGGCCAUGAACCUUUAAAGGAAACGCUUUACACCCUCACUAAUCACUUUGUAUCCGCAAAUUUCGAUAAAUUUCUGGAUAAGGAAAGCGGUAUCUUUGGUUACACUUGGGCUGUAGGGAAGGACGUUUGUGGGACAGAUAUUGUACCCUAUUCUAAUCCGCAUGCCCAUUUAUCCAGUCAAAAGUUUUGGACUUACACUGGUUAUGCAAGAAAUAUUCAUCUUUCUGAUGGGCAGUAUUACGUUACCGUACAAGCCAUUAAUAAUGUUGUUCACGGUGGAUCUCUUGUAACAACCGUCUGCAAAUCAAUCCCAUUGACUGUCGAUACAACUCCUCCACUAUUUAAAGGCUUGACAGAUAUCAUUUUUGAUGAAGAUUUCAACCUUAUGGCUAUUUACUUUGGCGCCGAAGACAAACUGUCAAAAAUUGCGAGGAUCGACUUUGGGCUAGGAAAAACUAAACAUGAUGUGGAAGUUAGGGGUUACUCGAGAUUUGCCUACAUGCAAACAGACAAUCCUUAUAUUGUAAUAAAGGACUUGAACAUAACAGAUGGGGAACCAGCAUGGAUUCGUCUACGUGCUGUUAACCACGUGGAUCUUUUUACUUCUGGUCACAGCGACGAUCCAAUCCUAAUCGACAGAACUGCGCCGGUUGCUGGAGUCGUACUGGACGGUUCUACAAUUGACGUAGAUGAAGGGUUCCAGGCAAAGACAGAAGAAAUUUGUGCUAGUUGGAAAAAUUUUUAUGACCCAGAGUCGGGAAUUAGUCAGUACACUUGGGGCGUUGGUACAGAGAAAGGAAAAGAUGACGUUGUUUCAUUCAUGGUUUUGUCACGCGAUGUCAAAGAAAAGUGUUCCAAAGCAAUAUUAAAGCAUAAUGAGACGUAUUUUAGCACUGUCAUUGCAAAGAAUAGUGCAUUAAAUCCAAAAACAAUAAAGGCUACAUCAAAUGGAGUUGUGAUAGAUACGACACCACCUUCCGUUGGAAAGGUCCGGGAUGGAGAAGAGCUUUCCGUCGAUAUUGAGUUUUCAUCAGAAACUGCAGAAUUUGCUGCUUCUUGGAAUGGGUUUCAAGAUGAGGAAAGUAAUAUAGUUUAUUAUACAGUUGAUGUGUUUAUAAAUGGAGAAGAAAGUCGAUCAUUUAAUGCAGGACUUCAAACUAUGUUCAAAGACUUUUCAAUGACUUUUCGGCAAGGAGAUCAAGUCAAAACACGUGUAAACGCUAAAAACGGUGCAGGAUUGGUAACAUCGAGUACCUCGUCAGGAUUUAUAAUUGACCUUUCUCCUCCUGUUGUCCAGUAUGUUUAUUCCUCUAAAGGUAGGAGGAAAUAUCAAACAGAUGACUCUAUAUUGUCAUUGGCAUGGCUGUUUAUAGAUCCUGAAUCAGGAAUAAAAAGUUAUAGAUAUAGAAUUUAUGACUCGUUCCAAGGAAUGAAAACCCUUAUUUCUAAAGAAUUUACAACAAACAAGACAUCGUUGGAUUUUCCCCUUAAUAUGUCAAAAGGUCAUAGUUACUCAGUCAAAGUCAUAGCAAUAAAUAACGCUAACAUGCCCAUCUCACAAGAAUCCGAAGGAGUUCUAAUAGACACGUCUCCUCCUAAAAUCGGCGAGGUUCACAUUGGACUUAUCAAUGUACCGGAGGACACACUUGAUAAUGGCACGGUAAUGCAUGCAGAUGAAAAGCAUAUGACGGUCAGUUUAAGGGCUUUAGACCCAGAGAGUGGAAUCUCAAGGAUGUUUGUCGCAGUUCUAUCUGAGGAGAAAACUCCAUCAACUGAUGACUUCAAAUUAUAUGAUUUUAGUUAUACAAUUGAAAUAAAUGGACUUGCUCUAAUACCGUCAAACGUGUAUCGCAUUCACGUCAUCGUCGAAAAUGGUGCUGGAAUAAAUUCUACUGUCAACAGAGAAAAAACUGUGUAUAUUAUGAAAAAGAACGUUCCAGGAGUCGUUUAUGACGGUCGUGAGCAUCUAAAAGAUAAGGACUUCACAUCAGAUAAAACAUCAAUAGCAAUGUCCUUUAUUGGUUUUGAAAGUGAAAGUUGUAACAUUGUGCAGUAUGAAUGGGCAGUAGGUUAUCAACCGUUGGUGUACGAUGUUUUACCUUUUACAGAUUACGGCAUUGUAAUGCUUAAUGACAGUUUUGGUCAAGGUCAAAUUUCUGUCCAAUUAUAUGAAGACUCUACGUAUUAUAUAACCGUUAGAGCUCGAACAGGAUACAACUGUAAAGUUGGGCAAUAUAUUUUAUCCACAUCUGAUGGGAUAAAACUUGACACAACACCCCCUCAAGUACGAAUGACAGAGUUUGGAGAAAGAAAAAUAACCCACGAGAGUACAUCAUAUACCCUAUACCAAGAUCAUACACAUGCACCGGCUUUCCGUUGGAAUUCAUCUGAUUCCUCUGGAAUAAAGAAAUCUUGGUGGUCCGUUGGAUCUUUGCCAUCAAUAGAUGAUAUUUAUAAAAAAUCUUUCUCAGAUAAAAAUUUCAUUCCAGCAGGGACAAUGUCAUUUUCAAACGGUCAAACGUAUUAUCUAAAUAUUGGUGUUGUCGAUAAGGCUGGGAAUGAAAUUGUCAUCACAUCGCCAUCUAUAACUGUAGACACCACAGCUCCAACUAUUCAAAAUUACAUGUGUACACCUUUCAUAUCCGAGCGUCGGUCUUUGAUCAAAUGCAACUGGGACAUGAUACAAGAUCAAGAAAGUAUGAUUACGAAACUGUUAGUUGGUGUUGGUAAAAAUGAAACGACUCCUGACAUUUCUGACUAUCAUGAAAUACCAAUCCAAAAGCGUAGUUGGAUCCGAGAUGUAUACGCAAGAAUCAAAUCUAAUUCAGUUGAAAAAGUCUUUGUCAUUAUCAAACUAGUAAACGGAGCAGAAUUGAUAACAGCACAACCUUUUGAAAUUUUGGUGGAUAGAACUCCUCCUGUAAAGGGAAAAGUCGAGAUCAUCACAUCUUUAGAUUUAAAAAGUCCACCAAAAGAGCAGAAGUGCCAAAUCCCUCAAACGUAUAUCGAAGCGAGGACUUUCGAUUGGAUUGAUCGGGAAUCUGGAAUACUAAGGUAUGAGGUGGCAGUUGGAAACGAUGGAAAGACCACGAACAUUAAAGAUUUUACAAGAGUCGAAAAUCCAGACAUGAUUUUUAUCAAUAAUAUUUUUAUGCCCGACGGUAGUAAAGUGUACGUGACGGUUCGAGCUUUCAACAAAGCAGGACUUUACCACCAACAACGGUCUGCUUCUAUUGUAAUUAGUUCUCGGCCAUCUUUACAAGUAAUUGAUGGGCCUUCAGAUACAGACAUUGAUUUUCAAUCCUCACUUGGUGUUCUUCAAGGUCGUUGGAUAUACUCUGAUCCUUGCCCAAUAACACAAGCCGAAUGGGCAGUAGAACUUUUAGAUGGUUCAGUAUUUAAACCGUUUUCAAUAAUUCCUAAAGGGUUGUCCCAUUUUUAUUCUGAUAUGGUAGCUCUCCAAAACGGAAUUACUUACAUAAAUGUCGUAAAAGUAAGAGAUGCUUUGAGCAGAACAAGAAUAAGUAUAUCAAAUGGUAUAGCUGUCAAAAUUCAACCACCUGUACCGGGCGGUGUUAGAGAUGGACUAGCUGAAGACAUUAACUACCAAGAGUCGACUCUGACACUAAGUGCAAAUUGGGAUGUAUUUGGCAAAAGUAAAAAGUCCAAUGAUCCAACACAACACAUUUUGCACUAUGAAGUUGCAAUUGGAAACGACAGGCGGUUCCCAAAAACAAGAUCAAACAUUCAUUAUUUUGAAAACGUUGGUUUAAAUACAAGUUAUACUUUCACGGGUCUAAACCUUACAGCAAAGGUUGUUCAAUAUUUUAUAACAGUGCGUGCAAUGAGUCUUGCUGGUAGCACACAGGAAAGUUAUUCAAACGGAAUUCGUGUUGGUUAUCGAAAUGAAAUAAUUUCUGGUCAGAUUGAACAUUCGAAGGUUCAGUCUUCAACAUCGGAAGUGGCGGUCUCGUGGACAGGGUUUCAAGCAGAUAUGGGCAUAGAUUAUUUUCAAAUCGGUUUGAGCUCCCAUUAUCUUCAUUUACCUAACGGUACAUUAAAUUGCAUAGAAUUUGAUGCAGCUGUACCUGACCUCGACGAGGUACCGUUAUUUAAAGUGAAAAGAGAUACAUUCUAUCAGUUUAAAGACCUGCACUUGAAACACAAUCACAUGUACUACGUUGUUGUCGUAGCUACUGAUGUAACAGGGCGUUGCAUUGGCAACCAAGGAGAACCAAUUUUGAUUGAUACCACUCCUCCUAAACCAGGGAACAUUUAUGUAGAAGGCAAGGAAGGUGACAAUGUAUUGUACUCAGUAGUUUCGGAUCAUUUAGAACUUGCGUGGGAUCCUUUUCAAGAUGACGAAAGCAAGGUUAAGCAGUAUCAAAUAUCAAUUUUCACAACAAGUGUUUGUUCAGACAAUGAUGUUGCAAAUAUAGAAAAUUCGGCACUGUAUACUCUGGUCAGAGAGGACAAAGUUGAAAAAGAUAACAAAAUUGUAUUUUACGACUUGCAACUGACACCAGAAUCCCUAUACGUCGGACAUAUCAAGGCAUGGAAUGAAGCGGGUUUGGAAGCAAUAGCUAUUUCAAAACAUAUUCGAUUUGACUUUACUUCGCCUAUGCCAGGCGUUGUAAAACGAGGACAAAAUUGGUUUAAGGAACUUUCAUUUCAACCCUUUACGGAUCACUUAAAUGGUCUCUUAGCAAUCUCUAACCCAGGAGGUAAGUCGCAAUUUAAGUGCGAAUCACAAAAUACUUUGAUUCCAUCAGGAAGUAAUAGCUAUAACCCACCUAUCCUAGAUCACCAAUUUUCUUCUAAAUGCGUAGAUGUUGAUCGUGACAAAAUAAGUUUAAUGAUACGGCACGACGAUAACCUAAGAUCGGUGAUUAAAGGAGGUAUAUUGGUGGAAGGGUCAAAAUUGCGCCCGGGAAAUUACACAGUGGGUAUCAAAACUGUGUUAGGAAAAAAUAUGGUGUCUACCAUAUUCUUCGGUUCGGAUAGAAGUGCAGUUUUAUCUGAUUUCGUGUACAUCCCAGAUAGAAGAGUUAAUGCGUCAUUUCAAGAAUGGGAUAGUGAAAAAGAUAGCUUUGAGAAAAAUCUAACACAGAUUACAAAUGAAACAACUUUCUCGACAGUAAUGACAACAAAGGUUCAAGAAAAUGUUAGUAAUACCAAGGCUGACGACAACUCUCAUGCAGAACAACUUACAAAAAAUGAAAACACUACACGUGAUCCACAGAAAAAUUCAUUUAAAUUAGGAACAGAAGGUGAAUUUAGUUACGGUAUUCACGUUCCGGGAUAUCAAUUUGAUUAUAAUUGGGUUGUUUUCUUUUGGAUAAAGGACAUUUAUAGAUCGGAGGUAAAGCAAGUUUAUCUUGAUUACAGCCCUACCAUGACGGAGACGGAUUUUUCAUUUACCGUUACAAAAACUGAAACACCAACACAAGAAGUGUGGAGCUUAAAGUUGUUUAUUAAUGGGGUAUUAAAAGGAGAGUACAGUGGCUUGAAACUUUCUACCAAUGGAAUAAUGGGUAUCUACAACUGGAACAAAGAUGAUUAUUUUCCGCCGAUAACUAACCCGGAAUUACCAAUUGCAUAUAAAUCAGUUGCUGUAGUAACUUCUCUUAAACUACCGUUGUCUUAUGAGAAACCGUGCAUGCAUGGGUUACCUUUUAUAGACGAUGAAAGUGGAAUCAAGGAACUUUACCUCGGUUUAUCGGAUUCAAAACAUAAGAAUAAAACUGCAACUAUUUCCCCGUUUCAAAUGUAUAGAUCAUUUUGCAAACCAUGUCAGUCCGAUUGCAACAUCGAUUGUAACCCGUUAUGUGCACAAGUUCAACAAGAUUUUGAAAUUGUACCAUUUACGAUUAACAACCUCACCUUGCGACAUGCAACUAUAGAUAAAUCUGACAUAACAUCAAAUGGAUCAAGUUUUGACGCUCCUACGUACUUUAUCAAGGUCAAAGUAGUAAAUUAUGCGGGAUUAGAAACAAUUAGUACCUCCGAUGCUGUGAUGGUAGAUAUAACACCCCCACAUUUCGACUUUGUUCGUUGUCUUGACCCAUCCGAUUCUAUGGACGCACCGUCUCUUUACCAGGGUACAAAUACAAGUGUGGCAGCGUACUGGGAUGCCUCUGAGGAUGUUGGAGACAUAAUAGGCUAUAAUAUAUCUAUUGGAACGAAACCGGGCUUGGAAGAUAUUUACAACAGUACAAAUGUUGGUCUAGCAACAAAAAUUAAAAUCGAUAAAUUAGAUGGUAAACUUCAUCAUGACCACACCUACUACAUCAGUGUGAAGGCAAUAAACUCCGCUAAUCUAACAACCUCCAGGUCGUGUAACAUCACUGUGGAGACUGAAGCUCCGGACAUUAGUGGUCUCAAUGUGAAUCUUUUGUUAGCAAGUCCAAAGGGUCACGAAGUUUACACAACUGAAAACAGCAAAGAACUUGGAAUAACAUGGUUCGGUGGGAAAUCAGAUGUUGAGUUUUAUGAAUGGCAAGUCGGAUCUGUACCACAUGGUGAUGACAUUUUCCCAAGGGUUAAAAUAGGACUUGAAAAAUCUAAGAAAGCAGUGAUAAAGAAAGGAGAGCUACUAAUCGAUGACACCUCUUUAAAUGCAAGUAUCGGCGAGUAUGCGCAGAGGAAUUGGACUGAAGAGGUCAUACAGGAAGCCAGAGCCAAUAAACUUUUUAAUAUGGAGCCUGGUCUAUGUUUAUAUGUCACAUUGUUUGCAGUGGGAAGAUCGCAUUUAUCAAGUUCAAGAGAAAUCAGCCCAGUGUGUGUUAAACGUAAUACUGACAAGCUUUGUCAACCAAAUAAAAGGCGUAGAACAUCUCACCAAGUCUACUUAUCGGGUGAUAUUGAAAUUAACCCAAGUGGGGACGUUAUUAGUGGAUACCUAACACAGGAAGACUACAAUCAAGAAUAUGGAUCAGCAGCCUCCGGAAGUUAUGUCAGAUAUAUUGUUAACCCUAAUCAGAGACUCUCGGACACUUCUCGCUUUUUAAGAAAUAGGAUUUUAUCAAAUGUUGGAUCAUCUUUCUACAUUACACCCACAGAAAAAUCAGUUGAAAUAGCCACUAAAAUAAGCUUCAAUUCAUCCAAUUUUGACGUUAACAUGAAUAUCCCUGUAUUGACGUAUUGGAAUAAAGAAAAAGAGCAAUGGAUAUCUGUUGAAGAAAAGUGUCACAGGUCAAAUGUAACACAAAGUCAAAUAAUUUCCACUGUGGUGUGUCCUGCAGUGUUUUAUGAUGAACGUAAAAGAGAAAAACGAAGCUCUCGUUCAGCAACAGUAACAAUGCACCCACGAAUGUUUACCCUUAUGAAAAUGAAAAGAAGUAUUCAAAAUACCGACCCUGUUAUCAUAACGAGUGGACCUUUGCGUUACCAGGAGGACAAUCAUACAUUUUCAAAAGUUCACUUCUCGUCCUAUGAUAUUGAAAAUGAUUCUUUCAUUUAUUCGAUAGAGAAAGACCCGGAACACGGUUUUGCUAACAUAACAACAGACGGUUGGUUUACUUACCAAGGCUAUCAAGACUUUAGCGGAAUUGAUGGUGUCAAAAUUUGUGUCUCCGAAAUUAAUAUAUCACGCCCGUUUAUUCCAACAAAAACAUGCAAAGAUUUUGAUAUCAUAGUUAAUUCGACUAACGAUGAUCCUUCCAUUGACUUCUAUCCCGAUACAACAUUUCCAUAUCGGAACACAUCUGAUGGAGGUGAAUACAUAAUUGUAUUUGAAAGCAAUAUCACACGAGAAAAUGAGUAUGGAAUAUUUGCAGCCGACGAUAUCGAUAUAGGUAACAAUAUAAGCAUCGGUUUAAUAGAUUUCACAAAUGACACGCUGUCACUUUUGGAACUCAAAAAAUCUAAAAGUAACAAAAUACAAUACAAUCACCUUGGAACCCAUAAUGAAUUGAUUUUAUGUCAUCAUGUUGACAAAGAAUUUAGUGGCCUCACUCACGCUGAAAUCCGUGCCCACGACGAUCAACUUGAUGACCGAAAUCUGUAUGGUUACAGCCGUGGUAUAACUGUGAAAGUGUACGUUCUGAUGAACCCUUGCAUAAAUGGCGUCUGUGUAAAUAAAACAGACAUCCCUUGCAGUGACACUUCACGGGCUUUUAGUUUCGAUAAGUUUGCAUGCUAUUGUUCUUUAGGGUACACUGGGCAGUGGUGUGAAACCGACAUUAAUGAAUGCCAACCCAAUCCAUGUUCUGUAUUUUACGAUUGUAAAAACUUAGUCGGCCAUUAUGAAUGCAUCUUAAACGGACAGAAAACGUUUGGGUUGGCAAUAGGAUUUCUCUUCAUAAUAGGAUUCCCAGUUCUUUUGAUUUGGAGGUAUAUGAAAAAGCGACGACCUAGCAACAAAAUAUCUGACAGCAUGAUAUGGUAUCCAGCCAAAAAGAGAUCAACCCCAAAUCAACGUUUUAGAAGGAAUCAUAAAAUUUCUGUGACGGACCUGCCAUCAACUUCGAAUGAUGACGGCUGCAGAAAAUCAUUCCCAUUUGAGAACGAGGAGCACCGACUGUCUGCAAUGCAGUCCUUGGCAGAGCACAAUGCUUACUUGAAUGAGACGAACACUGCCUCUUCCCUGGCGAAAGAUUCUUUCAAGGAUUGGACCAUGCCUGGAAAGAAGGUCUUCAAAGGCAAUGAUAUUUUCAGACGAUCUGGAGCCACAUCCUCCGAGAUACCUGAUCCGCCAAAUAGAGUUGUCACUCCAAGCGCCAUUAACGGAAUGUAUUAGACCCUUAAGCAGCCUAUUCGACCCAAAAGACGAGUGUGAUAGAAAAGAACAUUAUUUUUUUUGUAGUUGAUUUAGUUAACUUUGUAGACUUAAUAAAGCAUCUUGCAAAAAUA